AUGCCUCAAGCUCAACCCGAACUCAAGAAGUAUAUGGAAAAGAGACUGUUUGUACAAUUAAAUGGGAACCGAAAAGUGAUUGGUGUACUGAGAGGGUACGACGUCUUCUUGAAUAUCGUACUAGAUGACGCGGUUGAAGAGAAGGCAAGCGGUGACAGACAGAGACUGGGUAUGGUCGUGAUCAGGGGGAACUCGGUGGUCAUGCUCGAGGCUCUGGAGAGAAUGGGCGACGAUCGAAGACAUUGA